AUGAUUGUAAGGGCAAUAAACUACGAAAGCCUUCAUAUCGACGACCGAUUUGGGAGCAUAGAGGAACUAAAGACCAAGAUAAGCCAAAAGUAUGGCAUUCCCAUCAAUUCCCAGCACAUAAUAUUCAACGGCAAGUUCUAUGUCCUGGGCAUAUUCGACUCGCCUUUGACAGUUUCUUCUGACACAUACACUAAUCCACUUGGAUGCUUUGGAUGCCCUGAUAGUCUUUUUAAUGAUCUUGCAGGCAAUGGUAUGACCACCGACGAAAUCAGAGAAUAUGCAUUUCCUCACAAGGAUGACCCGGCAAAGAGGGAGGGCCCGGACUUAUCCAGUGUCAUAGACACCAGGGCUAUAGCAAAGAGGAUUACUGAGAAUCGGUACGAAGAUGCCUAUAAAAUACCUAAUGACCUCAGUGAAAAGGAAAAGACCAUAAUUAUGGAAAGCUCAGGCGAAUACAUUGAUUUAGUUUUGAAGCAGAUCAAGGAGAUUCUUCGUUCUAACACUAAAUAUUAG